CGCGUUCUAAAGCGGAACAUGAAGAGGAAUGGGAGCAGAGGCUGUGUUACCAGGAAGACCCGCUUUGGAUCGCGGGAGCGGGAUUGGCUGAAGGGGGAUGCCCAGCGAGGCUGUGUGUGUCUGUACGGGGGAACAGUUGACCCCCAGCCCCCAGCCUCGGGCCCACAGGCCUCCUCCACCCUCCAGGCAGACCUGCGGCUGGUGCUAUGCUCCACCACUACCACGGUGGAGGAGCUGUGUGCCCAGAGAGAAGUAGAGGGACUAUACCUGCAGCUCCAUGGAGACCUGCUCAGGAGGCUGGACCCCUCUGAGCGCCCUCUCCACAUGGUGUAUGACUACCUGGCUGCUAUAGGCUACCAGGACCCUCUGCGGGUUCAGAGAGAGGCGGCCAACUCGGACCUCAGCUGCAUGAUCCGCUUCUACAGUGAGUGUCCAAUGAACGCAGACCAGCAGGAGCGAACCCUGCUGACGGGCGUGUUCAGCGUCAGGAAGGGGAAGACCCAGCUGCACAAGUGGGCAGAGCGCCAGGUCCUCCUGUGUGGCACCUGUCUGAUUGUGGCCUCCGUCAAAGACAGCCUGACGGGGAAGAUGCACAUCCUGCCCCUGGUGGGGGGAAAGGUGGAGGAGGUGAAGAGAAGACAACACUGUCUGAUGUUCAGCUCAGCCGGACCUCAGGCCCAGACAUACUUUGUUAACUUCGACACACUGGCAGACUAUCAGAGGUGGCAUCGGCAGGCUUCAAAAGUGGUUUCUCAGACCAUCAGCCUGGUGGAUCUGUCAUGCUACAGUCUGGAGGAGGUGCCAGAGUACCUGUUCUACAGCCAGGACCUCACCCACCUCAACCUCCGACACAACUUCAUGUCCCUGCAGGGCCCCGGAGGACUGCUCAACCUCCCCAGGUUUUCCCAGCUGAAGAGCCUGAACCUUUCACAUAACCGCCUGGGAGUGUUUCCAGAGUCUGUCUGUGAGAUCCUCACCCUGACAGAGCUCAACCUCUCCUGUAACGGCAUGAACACUGUCCCCGCACAGAUAGGCAACCUCCAGAGUCUGCAGACCCUGUCUCUGGAUGGGAAUCAGUUGAGCUUCCUUCCUGAAGAGCUUGGCGGCCUAGCCCAGCUCAGCAGCCUGGGGCUUUCCUUCAACAACUUCCCCCACAUCCCUGGUGUGCUGGAUAGGCUGAGUGGCAUGGACAGGCUAGCCAUGGCUGGGAACAGGGUGGAGACCCUGGAGCUGGGGAUCCUUGCCAGAAUGAGCCACCUCAAGAACAUCGACCUGCGGCUGAACGGUCUACGCUGGGUGAAGAGUGAGGCCCUGGAGGCAGUGAAGCAGGUGACCCAGCUAGACCUGAGGGACAACCACUUGGCCACCCUGGACCUGAGCUCCAUCUGCAGCCUGGAAACCCUGCACUGUCAGAGAAACCAGCUGAGGGCACUAACACUGAGUGGCUUCACCCUGCGCACACUCCACGCCAGCAGCAACCGCCUGACCACAGUCAACAUCUACCCAGUACCCAACCAGCUGACACAGAUGGACCUAUCACGGAACCUGCUGGAGUACCUUCCAGACUGGGUGUGUGACAGUAGGAAGGUGGAGGUGCUGGAUGUUACACACAACUUCCUGUCUGAACUACCAGCCAGACUGCUCAGCAGCCUGAGUCUGAGGAAGCUGCUGGCUGGGAACAAUAGGCUCCAGAGACUGCCUGACCUACUUGACCACGUCCCCCUGGAAGUACUCGACCUCCAGCACAACAAGCUAGGCGAGCUCCCGGAGAGCCUCUUCUACAAGGCCUUAAACCUAAAGUACUUGAACGUGUCAGCCAAUGCCCUGGAGAUAAUUCCCCCCAGCAGCCAAUCAGAGGAGAGCCUCAGCACUCUCCAGGAACUGUACCUGACGGGGAACAAACUGAAUGAGAACUGCGCUGCCCUGCUGGUGGGACACCAGAACCUCAGAGUCUUGCACAUGGCCUACAACCAGCUGCUCUCUUUCCCUGCCAGUAAACUGAGUAAACUGGAGCUGCUGGAGGAGCUGAAUCUGAGUGGCAACAAGCUGAAGACCAUCCCCUCCACUGUGUCCAGCUGUAAGAGGCUACACACCCUCAUAGCACACUCCAACCACAUCAGUGUGUUCCCCGAGAUCCUCAACCUGCCAGAGAUCAAGCUGGUCGACUUGAGCUGUAAUGAGCUGACUGAGAUCCUACUGCCAGACUCUCUAAUGGCCACCCUGCACGAACUGGACCUGACUGGCAACAGCAGUCUCUUGCUGGAGCACAAAACACUCAACCUGUUCAGUCACAUCACCACCCUGAAGCUGGACCAGAAGCCAGCCAUGAUGGCCGGGGACUCCCUGGGCUCCUCCACCCUGUGGAAUCACGGCUACUCUGAGAUGAGCGGACAGAGGAACAAGUUGUGUGUGUCUGUGCUGGCAGUGGACCGCUUUGGGGAUAGUGUUGAGGCGGCCUAUGGCGUCUUCGACGGGGACCGCAAUGAGGAGGUUCCUCGUCUGCUGCAGUGCACCAUGGGAGAUGUGCUGUCGGAGGAGCUGUUACAUUCCAGUGUGGACAGUGUGUACAUGAGUAACACCUUCCUCACCUCACACAGGAAACUGGGCAUGGCUGGUCAGAAGCUGGGUGCAUCUGCCCUGCUCUGCUACAUCCACCACGAGCCGUCGGAGCUGGGCAGCUACUUCAGCCUGACGGUGGCCAACGUGGGCAGCUGCCAGGCGGUGCUGUGUCGAGACGGCCAGCCUCUGCCCCUCUCCAAGGUCUUCAGCCUGGAGCAGAGCACCGAAGAGAUGGACAGGGUCAAACUCAGCAAGGCGAUCAUCACUGAGGAUAACAAGGUGAGUGGAGUGACAUGCUGCUCUCGCCUGCUGGGAUGCUCUUAUCUGUCUCCCUGGGUGCUGCCCAAGCCAUGGGUACGCACCGAGCCCCUGUGUUCCCAAGAUGACUUCCUGAUCCUGGGGAACCGGGCGCUGUUUGAGAGGGUGUCCUACCAGGAGGCCGUGUGCACCGUGCAGGCCGUGAGGGACCCCCGCGCAGCUGCCAAGAAGCUCUGCACGCUGGCCCAGAGCUACGGCUGCCGGGACAAUGUGGGGGCGGUGGUGGUAUCCCUGCACAUCGGGGAGGACAGCUGUACCUGUGAGACCCCUCAUGGUAAUACUGGUACUGAACCCCGGGGACCCCCUCCAACACCCCUCCCUGUCACUGCUCCCCCAGGGGAACCGGCCACACCCUCCUCCAGCAGUGGCAUUGCCUCAGAGUUCAACAGCGAGACUUCGGCCUCGGAGGUGGGGAGUGAGGCGGGCUCCACGGCCUCUGACGAGCACCCCUCUGGCCCCACGGCCCGACCUGAGAGGCGCUGUAGCCUCCACCCUGCAGCCACGCUCUUCCUGUUCCAGCGCCAGCCCUCCUGUGCCACCUUCUCCAGUAACCAGUCUGACAACGGGCUGGACAGUGAUGACGAGGCUCCACUAGAGGGAGUCAUCUCCAACGGGAGCAAGCUGGAGGUGGAGGUGGACAUCCACUGCUGUGCUUUCCAGAUCCGUUCUGGGCCAGCCGCAAGCCCCAAGGACCACAACCUGGACAAGACGCGCUCAGACUACCCCAACGGAAAGAUGCGUCGUCAGAACAGCGUGGUGGUGUCAGCCACUAACGGCUGCCUGCUGGCUGUGUGUGGCAGGGAGAUCUCCGACCUAAAGAAGUCCCCCUCCACCUGCAGCCUCUUUGGGAAGAAGCUCUCCAACGGCUCCGUGGUGGCCCCGGAAGAUAGCCACAACCUCAUUGAGGUAGCCGUGGAGGCCCCUAAGAAGAAGUCGGGUUACUUCACUGCCCCUGCCCAGCAGGACCCCGAGGACCAGCUGGUAGUGCCUCCCAGUCUAGAGCAGGAUGUUAGGGAACAGCUGAGGGGCCAGAGUCCUAUGGUCCCUGGACCUCCACCUCCUUUCACACCCCCCUCCAUCAGAGACCCUGUGUGGGACCACCCCCCUGCUCCCAUGCUGCCGCAGCGGGACCUCGCCCCCAACCCUAUCCCUGCCCUACAGCAGGAAGUCUAUGAUACUGCCCUCUAGAGGGGGCCAGAGCACAGCACCACCCUGUGGUAGUCCUGUGACAGUGCCAUACCAGGGGGGCAGAGGAGGUCUCUCUGGCACAGGUGGGAUAUUCCAGUUCAAGUUUCUAUUCAGCUCUGUCAUGAAGACAUGUGGGGCCUUGACUGUACACACAUGAAUGUGUUACGUCAUGUUAGACGAAGAGAGGUGCUUAGCUAACUGUCUGAUGAACCUGGUGGAACUGUCUGAGUAUCAGAGCUGAACAGGCACUGAAAUUACCACCCAUGAAAAGAGGUUGUGAAAAGUAGGGGGCCACCGGAGGCCAAAAUACCCCAGCCUGAUCUAGAAUAUCUCAUGCGUUUUAGACUGUAGAACUUGUUU